UUCAAACAGAUUAACGAAGACUUGAAGCCAACAUGUGGAAUUUUGUCAUAGGCCUAUAUUUCUUGGUACAAUUUCAAAUUAUUUUAGUUGGAUUCAACAUUGGUUGUGCUGCCAAUCCAUACUUAACGGUUCUUAAUUUUAGGUCACCUUUUAACAAUAAUGGCAAUCUCCAGUGCUACCCGACAGAUAGUAACACAGCAAUAUCCAUGGGAAAGGUAUUUAAAAUAUCUAAUUCUGACUCGCUUGCUGAACCACAUCUACAAGAUCAGAGUCAAAAUGUUCCUUUGGCCAAACGAGUAGCUAUACCUUAUGAUGGAAACUUCUUUGGAGUAUAUUACUGUGAAGGUGUACUUAAUGGUGAAAAAACCACCGUGAAAACUACAGUUGUGGAUCUAGCGAGCGCUUUUGAUUCUGAUGUUAUACCAACAAAAGAAAAGACAAGUAUCACCGCUUCUGUUGGAGAAUCUGUUGUAGUAUCAUUCGAUGUGACAGCGUCCGGUAAUCACAUUUGGAGGAAAGAUGGUGAACUGCUAGAUAACUAUGAGAACCAUUAUGAUGAUUCGAGCUUAAGAUUUACCGGUGUAAAAGUUGAUGAUGGCGGCAUGUAUGAACUUCACAUAGAUGGACAAAGGGAUGAAUACAAACAUUCAUUUAUUCAACUGAUUGUGAGAGAAUGUCCAACUGGCCUCUGGGGUGCACCUGGAUGUACAGGUAUUUGCAAUAAUUGUUAUAAUGGUGGCGUAUGUGAGGACAAAACAGGUAACUGUAUUUGUGCACCAGGGUUUAAAGGAGAAAGCUGUGAACAUACUUGUGGUGGUAAUCGAUUCGGACUUGACUGUGAAAUUAGAUGUACAUCGAGAAGUAGUGAUCCCGAAAACAAUUGCGGAGGUCAUCAAUUCUGCUUGGCUGAUCCAUAUGGAUGUAGCUGUAUAACAGGUUUUACUGGCCUUUAUUGUUUAACAGGUAAAUCUACGUUUCAUCACAAUCAUUGUACUCUGCCAUGUCCAUCACAUGGCAUGAUGAAAAUGAUCCAAGUAGAUGUUGACUUGAUCUUGGGUGUGGUUGCGGUAGAAUUAGCGUUAUCCACGACCUCGACAAGGACGUUUUUGCCAUGA